CACGCCCGGUGUUCCUGGGAAAGGCUCCGGAUCCACCGCUCAUGUCUGUCCCUCAAGUGGCUCGCGUUGUAGGGAAGAAUUUGUGGCCUGGGUUUAUACCACUAUUGGCCACCAGAUGGCGCAGAAUAUCACCUGCACCGAGAAUUGCACCUUACACUAAUGAACAGAAAAGGGGGUGAAAUUCCAUCGUCCCUACUCCUCUCUCUUUCUCUCUCCCUAUCUCUCUCUUUCCCAUACACACACGCAGGAUAUUACUCAUUUGACUCGGUUUCAUUUUGAAUAUUAUGUUGAUGUAUUUCGUGUAUUUGGCAGCUGACAGACAGUCAGUCGGCGCGCGCGCGCGUGCUGGUCGCGAACGUUUUUUCCGGUCGACAGAGAAAAUGCCGGUUAUUUUUUUAAACUCGACCAUGAGAACCUCGUAACAUAACGGAAAAACGGGCACUUAAAGUUUAUAGAGGAAGAAGGCGGUUAAUAAGGGUGAUUAAUUCUCCAUCAUCACCAUAUCGAGCCGUGGACAGGUAAUGGAAAUCAAAAUAAUGGACGUGUUCCGUUAUGUGUAGAUAAUGACAGGUCUUUGGUGCUGACUGAAUUACUUCAGCGUUUUCCUUUAAUUAGCUUCCUGCUAGCUGAAUGUGUGUGACGCUGUAAUAGCUAUAGCUUUCAGAGUAUCUGAUAAUAGAGGAAUAUUCCUCACGGUGCUCUAGUCAAUUCAGUGUAACCAGAGACUAAUCAGCAAGAUGUUAAUGCUGUCCAGGGGUUACAUUACCCCUGAAUGGGGGGUAUUUAUGACCUGUAUUUUAUGGAAUGAAAUGUUAAAUGCUGUUGUAAUAGUGUACAUGAGCUGUGAGGGUUAAAACCCGCGGGGGGUUUGUUAACGCUGCUGGUGACGUCACGGCUUUGAUCUGCUCUACCGGAAACAACUGAGCUGCUACACUAUGAUACACAUCUCUUCAUUCUUUAGAUUAUUCCUCUUUUAAUGAGAUGAAUGUUACUUAUUAAUGUGUCUGGUAAUUCAUUCAUUCAUCUUCAGUGACAGCUCAAGAUAAGAUAAGAUAGGACAAGAUAGGGUAAGAUAAGAUACGAUAAAGUAAGAUAAGGUAAGAUAAGACAAGAUAAUGUAAGAUAUGGUGAGAUAAGGUAAGGUUAGACACGGUAAGAUAAGGUAAAGUAAGAUGAGUUAAGGUAAGAUAAGGUAAAGUAAGAUGAGGUAAGGUAAGAUACGGUAAGGUAAGAUACGGUGAGGUAAGAUAAGGUAAAGUAAGAUGAGGUAAGGUAAGAUACGGUAAGAUAAGGUAAAGUAAGAUGAGGUAAGGUAAGAUACGGUAAGAUGAGGUAAAGUAAGAUAAGGUAAGGUAAGAUAAGGUAAAGUAAGAUGAGGUAAAGUAAGAUAAGGUAAAGUAAGAUGAGGUAAGGUAAGAUACGGUAAGAUAAGGUAAGGUAAGGUACGGUGAGGUAAGAUAAGGUAAAGUAAGAUGAGGUAAAGUAAGAUACGGUAAGGUAAGAUGAGGUAAGGUAAGAUAAGGUAAAGUAAGAUGAGGUAAGGUAAGAUACGGUAAGGUAAGAUGAGGUAAGGUAAGAUACGGUAAGAUGAGGUAAAGUAAGAUAAGGUAAGGUAAGAUAAGGUAAAGUUAGAUGAGGUAAAGUAAGAUAAGGUAAGGUAAGAUAAGGUAAAGUAAGAUGAGGUAAAGUAAGAUAAGGUAAGGUAAGAUAAGGUAAAGUAAGAUGAGGUAAAGUAAGAUAAGGUAAGGUAAGAUAAGGUAAAGUAAGAUGAGGUAAGGUAAGAUACGGUAAGAUGAGGUAAAGUAAGAUAAGGUAAGGUAAGAUAAGGUAAAGUAAGAUGAGGUAAAGUAAGAUAAGGUAAGGUAAGAUAAGGUAAAGUAAGAUGAGGUAAAGUAAGAUAAGGUAAGGUAAGAUAAGGUAAAGUAAGAUGAGGUAAAGUAAGAUAAGGUAAGGUAAGAUAAGGUAAAGUAAGAUGAGGUAAGGUAAGAUACGGUAAGAUGAGGUAAAGUAAGAUAAGGUAAGGUAAGAUAAGGUAAAGUAAGAUGAGGUAAAGUAAGAUAAGGUAAGGUAAGAUAAGGUAAAGUAAGAUGAGGUAAAGUAAGAUAAGGUAAGGUAAGAUAAGGUAAAGUAAGAUGAGGUAAAGUAAGAUAAGGUAAGGUAAGAUAAGGUAAAGUAAGAUGAGGUAAAGUAAGAUAAGGUAAGGUAAGAUAAGGUAAAGUAAGAUGAGGUAAAGUAAGAUAAGGUAAGGUAAGAUAAGGUAAAGUCCAUGCAUUUAUCACGUCCAGAUUAGAUUACUGUAAUGCUUUACUAUCUGGAUGCUCGUCUAGAUGCAUAAAUAAGCUUCAGAUAGUUCAGAACGCAGCAGCGAGGGUCCUGACUAGGACUAGGAAGUAUGAGCGUAUCACGCCAGUCUUAUCUACAUUACACUGGCUCCCAGUAAGAUUCCGCAUCGAUUUUAAAAUAUUACUCCUAACUUAUAAAGCAUUAAAUGGUCUCGCUCCGCAGUAUUUAAGCGAUAUGUUAGUACCUUACGUUCCGCCGCGCCUACUUCGCUCUAAGGAUGCAGGCUGUCUAUCAGUACCACGCAUUGCCAAAACCACGGCAGGGGCAGAGCUUUCUCUUACCAAGCCCCAAAAUUAUGGAAUAGUCUCCCAGUUAAUGUACGUGAAGCAGACACGGUCUCAGUGUUUAAGUCGAGGUUGAAGACUUAUUUAUUUAACCUAGCAUUUAGCGACUAGUGUUUUUAUCAAAGGAGUAGAUCUGGGGGACUCGUGGAUGUUGAGUUUUAUCUCCACACGGUGACUGUGAGUGUACCUAACCACUUUCCUUCUCCUUCUGCCGAGCUACACUCCUGAGCUGCCGGUGAUCCAGACCUCCCCCCCUUCACUCUGGACCUGUCCACCGGCAAUGCUUCACACUGCCACGAAAACGCUUCAGCUGUUUUCCAUGGACUACACCAACACACAUUGUGCUCACACACACGCACACUACAGUGUAAACCCAUAUGAGGAUGGGUUCUCUGUUGAGCCUGGUUCCUCUCAAGGUUUCUUCCUAUCACCAUCUCAGGGAGUUUUUCCUUGCUACCGUCGCCCUGCUUGCUCAUCAGAGACAUCACACACACACACUUCACUUUACUUUUGUUUGUGUAAAGCUGGUUUGAGACAAUGACCUUUGUAAAAAGCGCUAUACAAAUAAAAAUGAAUUGAAUUGAAUUGAAUUGAAGUAAGAUGAGGUAAGGUAAGAUAAGGUAAAAUAUGUUAAGAUAAAAUGAGGUAAGGUAAGAUAAGUUAAAGUAAGAUGAGAUAAGGUAAGAUAAGGUAAAGUAAGAUGAGAUAAGGUAAGAUAAGGUAAAGUAAGAUGAGGUGAGGUAAGGUAAGAUAAGGUAAAGUAAAGUGAGAUAAGGUAAGAUAAGGUAAAGUAAAGUAAGAUGAGGUAAGGUAAGAUAAGAUAAAAUAUGUUAAGAUAAAAUGAGGUAAGGUAAGAUAAGUUAAAGUAAGAUGAGAUAAGGUAAGAUAAGGUAAAGUAAGAUGAGGUAAGGUAAGAUAAGGUAAAGUAAAGUGAGAUAAGGUAAGAUAAGGUAAAGUAAAGUAAGAUGAGGUAAAGUAAAGUGAGAUAAGGUAAGAUAAGGUAAAGUAAAGUAAGAUGAAGUAAGGUAAGACAAGGUAAGAACAGAUAAGGUAAGGUAAGGCAAGAUAAGAUUAGGUGAGAUAAGUUAAAGUAAGAUAAGAUAAGAAAAGAUGUACCUUUAUUGAUCCCCCGCAGGGGAAAUUCAAGUUGACACAGCAGCACAAGUAGGAGAAGUAAUAUCAAAGAAAAGAAUUUCCAUAUAUACCUAUACAUCAGAAGUAGCAUAAAAUAAAAAUAAUAUAAGAUGAAUAAAAAUAAUAAAAACUAAACAGGUAAUUCUACUUGCACAACAAAUACAACAAGCUACAAUUUAUUGUAGCAGUGCUAAAGUAAUAAAAUGUAGUAAUAAAAGUAAAAAAAAAAUAAAGAAAAAGAGUCAACGAGGGAAAAUUUGCUAUGCCGUGCUGCCACUCGCCGCGGCGCCCAUGCAGUGAAUGGCAGAUACAAUACAGGGUCACUUUGCUUUAAUCCCGAUCAGGGGCAGGAGACUGUCCUGGGUACACUGAGCACAAAAUAGGACAUAUCACCCUAGACUGGACACCAGUCCAUUGCAGGGCACCACACAUACUCACACACACACACACACAUAUUCAUACCUACGGACAGUUUGGAAUCAUCAGUCCAUCUAAUGGCAUGUCUUUUGGGAGGCGGGAGGAAACCGGAGAACCCUGAGGAAACCCACAGAACAUACAAAACUCUGUACAGACAGUAAACCGAGCUCAGGAUUGAAACAGGGACCCUGGAGCAUAUGAAGCCACAAUGCUACACACUGUGCCACUGUGCUGGCCUUAAAAUAAUUGUUUCUAAAAAUGAUUGCUAGCAUGAUGGAGAAGCUGCUGAAUCAGUGGUUGUGGUCAGAGGAGUUCUGGCUUCCUCCAACCAUUACGUGGCACGACAUUGAUGAAGGCACAACGGGGGGCAGUCGCCGUCCUCUUCCUCGCGACCUGCUUGUCGCGCUUCCUCUGGCACUGGGGUUCAUCGCUGUCCGCUUUGCUUUCGAAAGAGUGGUGGCUCUGCCCCUAAGCAGGAAGCUGGGAGUGUUUGAUAGGGUGCAGGUCCGAGUGCCGCCCAACCCCAAGCUGGAGGCUUUUUACAUGCAGAGGAAGAAACGCUUUACACAGAGUGAGCUCAUGGGCCUGGAGAAGCAUUGUGGCCUCACGCUGCGUCAGAUUCAGAAUUGGCUCAGGCUUCGCCGCAAGCAGGACAAGCCGAGCAACACCAAGAAGUUCUGCGAAGCUUCGUGGAGGUUUGUUUUCUACCUCAUCGCAUUCACAGCAGGACUCGCUUUCUUGAUUGAUACAGCCUGGUUUUGGGACCACCGUGAGUGCUGGCGUGGAUACCCCAAACAACCUGUGGCUGAGUCGCACUACUGGUACUACGUUCUGGAGCUCAGCUUCUACUGGUCGUUGCUGCUGUGUGUCUCUGUGGACGUCAAACGCAAAGACUUCAAGGAGCAGAUCAUCCAUCAUAUUGCCACCAUCUCACUGAUUAGUUUCUCCUACUGUGCCAACUACGUACGGGUUGGAACGGUUGUGAUGCUGCUGCACGACUCAUCUGACUUCUUGUUGGAGUCUGCUAAGAUGUUUAACUACGCUGGCUGGAAGAAGACAUGCGACAGCCUGUUUGUUGUUUUUGCUGUGGUUUUCCUGGGAACUCGCCUUUUUGUCUUUCCAUGCAGGGUGCUUUACUCAACUUUUGUGGAGUCACUGGAUUUCUUCAAGCCAUUCCCUGGUUAUUACCUCUUCAAUGGCCUCCUGCUGGUGCUGCAGGCACUGCACAUUUUCUGGGCUUAUCUCAUUCUGCGGAUGCUCUACAAAUUCAUCUUCUUGGGCAAAGUGGAGAGGGACGAGCGUAGCGAUGACGAGAGCGAUGUAGAGGAGGAGGGAGAGGACAAUGGCAUGGAGGAAGAGUGUUGCUGGGAGCAAAGCAAGGGAACCCUGAACUCCAAGCUCACCUCGCUGGCUGACAACUGUGUCCUCAACAAUCUGACCCAUCAGAGAAGAAACAGCAGACUGCCCAAAGCCAGAUAGUAUUCCUCCUCCACUUCACUGUUAAUGUUUAUUACAAGCCAUCAUUACAGAAAACGACACAUGAGAGAGUGACACAUGAGAGAGACACAGUUUUAACCCAAGGAAUAAGACAGGAAUUUCAGGUUUAAUAUAUUCUUGAAAUCUCUUUAUUUCUCAUGAAAGGUACACAGCUGCAGUCUUUACUGUUUUAAAGGGAUACUCCAUGCCUUUUUAACCUAAUCUCUAUCCAUUGCAUCUGUAGCGUAAGUGCAUUGCAGUUUCCACAUGCAUUUGCAAAUGCAGUUUGACACCUUUCACUGUACUAUUCGGAUGAAUAGUUUUUUUUAAGACUGGAGCAAAAAUUCAUCCAUUCUUUUCUCAGUACAGGAAAACUUAAAAUACUCGUCCAUGGUCUCGUCCAUGGCACAUACAACUCAGUAUAAAAAGGGGGUGUUAAUUGGGAAAUGUAUCCAACAUAUGGAAUGCAUUACACUCCUAGCAUGAAAUAAUAGCAUUUAGAAAAAAGUACAAACAAAAAUAACCCUACAAUUUAGGUGUAGCUCAGAAAACCUUUGUAUAUGAAUUAAAUGUCGUUUAAUUGUAUGUUCCUAAUGGAGUUAUUCAGUGUGAUAAUGUAGAAAAGACAGACAGCAGUUACGUAGCUUUUUCUAACAGAGAGAUACCUGCAUUUCAAUCUUUGCACUGUUGAAUUUUCACAACAGGACUCUCAAUGUGCCAUCAGGCUUACCUUCUUAAAGUAGUCCCAAUCAUUGCCAUUUUUUCCCCCUACAUAUUCAGAAGUUCAUACUUUAAAAUCUUUUUUUUUUUUUCUUUACCUGAGAAGACUCAGCCCCACCUAGUGAUGGACUCAGCACUGACCUGCCUGACUUGGCAACUUCUCUCUAUGAAAAAUGGCUUUCAUGAAUUAUUGAUUCGUGAGAUCUCAACGCUUUGCACUAUGCGGACCUGCUUGCUCAGCUCUUUCUGCAGUAACUGCAGCUCAGAUUGCCUUACAAGACCAAAAGAUUCCUUUUUGUGUCCACAUAAUAAUAGCAUUGCCAGAUAAUUUGGACUGAAGUGCUAAUUUUGCUAUUUUGCUUCUUUACAACAGAUUGACUUGGGAAACAGCUGGGAAUAAUAGUUCAAAUAGUAAUAGAUUAUCUUUUUUGUAGCUCAGUUUGUCCCCAGCUCCAACCAGCGUUUACAGGAAGUUCAGGAGCUUAUGGGAACAAAUAAUCCAUACCAACAUUUAAGCACAGUUUAAAACAUAUUGUUAUGCUGGUGGUCACAUAAUGGCCCCCUGAGUUCUUGAGUUUACUUUGCUUGAAGGGCAUUAACGAGGAAGUGGUUGGUAUUGGGCUAGCCAAUAGACAUUGCCCCUUCUACUGCAGGUGCUUGGCUUGUCUGAUGUUAUUUGCACUGUAGUUAUUAUUGAACUUUCUGCCUGAGAGCCAUUGUCUACAGGGCCUUGUAAUUAUGAAAUGUCUUAAGAGUACAAUGCUGGUCUGGGGUCAGUUUUGCCUUUAAUGACCUAACAAUAGUAAUACACUGUGGAGCUGGUCCUGGAUCAUCAUUCUCUGAGAGGACUGACUUAAACGUGCCCUUGGUCUUAAAUGGCUUGUAAUUUGUUCUGUGUAAAUAAUCUCAUUUACUUCAUUCUUUGUUUCAUUCUGAAGCACCAUCUUUGUUGUCAUUUAUGUUGCAAUGAUACCAGACAGGGCAUUUAUUUGUAAGUCUGUGGGGGCUGUAGUGGCGAUAUGCCACACCAGGUUGUACUUACUUUACCGUAAAUAAAUGUAAAAGUGCUAAAACAUCCA